GUCGACUUUGGUUUUAUUGUCCCAAUUUUGAAAGUUUCUGCGACGGUGGAAAAAGAUUCACCAUCACAUUACAUCACAAUACAUUAUGGCCCGGCGCAGUCAGCGCUGCUUGCAGUGCCCGGGUCUUUGGACGCGUUUGGGGGAAGGGAUGCCGAGCUGGUCUGCGUCUGACGUCAGGGCGUAGGGGAGAGAGAGGGAGACAGAGGGGAGGCGAUGAGAGGAAGCUGCAAUAAACACACAGGGCGUCUGCGCCUCUCGAAGUAGGACAAUAAAGUGUGAACGGCAUCAAUGCUCGAACAAUGGAUCUAACAGACAUGCGUCUUCUGAACGUGUUCCUCCUCGCGUGCUUGCUCAACUACACCCGAGGACACUACAGAAACCCCCUGAACAAGUACAUCCGUCACUAUGAAGGCCUGUCAUACGACACGGAGCUGGUGCACAGCAAACAUCAGAGGGCCAAGAGGGCGCUCUCUCAUGAAGACAAGUUCCUUCAUUUAGAUUUUCAUGCUCAUGGAAGGCAUUUCAAUUUACGGAUGAAGAGGGAUACCACCUUGUUUGCCCAAGAUUUAAAGGUGGAUGUUUCAGGAGAAGAAAUUCCAUAUGAUACCGCUCAUAUCUACACUGGGGAAAUCUAUGGUGAGAAAGGUACCAUGACUCAUGGCUCCAUUGUGGAUGGUAAGUUUGAGGGCUUCAUUCAGAGCUACCAGGGCAACUACUACGUGGAGCCUGCUGAGAGAUACUUGGAGGGCAAAGAUGUGCCCUUCCAUUCUGUCAUCUACCACGAAGACGACAUACACUACCCCCACAAGUAUGGCCCAGAAGGAGGCUGCGCUGAUAGCUCAGUGUUUGAGAAGAUGAAGAAGUACCAAGCCUCUGCCAUGGAGGAGCCACCCAAGGAGCUCCACAUUGAGGCAGGCUCCAACGACCCCGUGCUGCUGAGGAAGAGGAGGAUGGCCCAGGCUGAGAAAAACACCUGCCAGCUUUUCAUUCAGACUGACCACCUCUUCUUUAAGUACUACAAGACCAGAGAGGCUGUCAUUGCUCAGAUCUCCAGUCAUGUCAAGGCCAUUGAUGCCAUCUAUCAGGGCACAGACUUCAUGGGCAUUCGCAACAUAAGUUUCAUGGUGAAAAGGAUCAGGAUAAACACGACCAAUGUCGACAGGGACAGGUCAAACCCGUUCCGCUUUUCCAACAUUGGCGUCGAAAAGUUCCUUGAGCUCAACUCAGAGCAGAACCACGACGACUACUGCUUGGCGUAUGUUUUCACCGACAGAGACUUUGAUGAUGGAGUGUUGGGCUUGGCCUGGGUGGGAGCCCCCUCAGGGAGCUCUGGUGGCAUUUGUGAAAAAAGCAAGCUCUACUCAGAUGGAAAAAAGAAGUCUCUGAACACUGGUAUAAUCACUGUACAGAACUACGCCUCCCACGUACCUCCAAAAGUCUCCCACAUCACUUUUGCGCAUGAAGUAGGACACAACUUUGGUUCCCCGCACGACUCUGGAUCUGAGUGCACCCCAGGAGAAUCCAAGAGCCAAGACAAGAAGGAGAAGGGCAAUUAUAUCAUGUAUGCAAGAGCUACGUCGGGAGACAAGCUCAACAACAACAAGUUCUCCAUCUGCAGCGUUCGCAACAUCAGCCAGGUUCUGGAAAAAAAGAGAGGCAACUGCUUUGUUGAGUCUGGCCAGCCCAUCUGUGGCAAUGGUCUGGUGGAGCCAGGAGAGGAGUGUGAUUGUGGCUACAGCGAUCAGUGCAAAGAUCAGUGUUGCUAUGAUGCCAACCAGCCUGACAACAAGAAGUGCAAAUUAAAGCCCGGCCAAGUCUGCAGUCCCAGCCAGGGUCCUUGUUGUACCCCCGAGUGCACUUACAAGGGGCGUAAUGACAAGUGCAGGGAGGAGUCGGAGUGCGCUCACCAGGGCAUAUGUAACGGAGUCGGUGCUCAGUGCCCCACGUCUGAGCCCAAGGCCAACUUCACCGCCUGCCACGGAGAGACUCAAGUCUGCCUCAACGGGGGCUGCUCCGGCUCCAUCUGUGAGAAGUAUGGUCUUGAGGCAUGCACGUGUGCCAGCCAAGAUGGCAAGGACGAGACCGAGCUUUGCCACGUGUGCUGCAUGGAGAAGAUGAGUCCAAACACAUGCAGCAGCACCGGGUCCGAGCGGCUGGCUCGUUUCUUCAGCAAGAAAGUGACCACGCUUCCUGCUGGCUCGCCUUGCAACGACUUCAAGGGCUACUGCGACGUGUUCAUGAAAUGCCGCCUGGUGGAUGCAGACGGGCCACUUGCCAGGCUAAAGAAGGCCAUCUUCAACCCAGAGCUCUACGAGAACAUUGCAGAGUGGAUCGUGGCUCAUUGGUGGGCGGUGUUGUUGAUGGGUAUCGCCCUCAUCAUGCUCAUGGCUGGCUUCAUUAAGAUCUGCAGUGUGCACACACCGAGCAGUAACCCCAAACUUCCUCCUCCCAAACCACUUCCGGGCACUCUGAAGAGACGGCGAGCGCAGCAGCACGCCGCCUCCCAGGUGCAGCAACAGUCUCAGCACCAGCACGGCGGUCACGCCGGCCACGGGGGCCAGCGUCAGCCCCAGAGGCAGCCCCAGCGGCAGGCGCAGCCCCAGAGGCACCACCGUCAGCCCAGAGAGAACUAUCAGAUGGGCCAGAUGAGACGCUGAGACCCUGCACCCUGCGGUCCCCCUCCCUCCCCACCUCCCCCCAAUGCCUUGGCUCCUCCUUGUGCCUACAGUGGGAAACAAAAGCGUCACUCCAUCCAAAGAAAAGCCUGACAUGGUUGUUAGUCACCGUCAUAUCCUCCAUCUACAGACAAAACGGACACGUGGAAAAGAGAAAACACUUAUCUAGCAGCUCGAUUGGCUCUUUGUGGAGUUGACUCGACCAUCAGCCAUUUCCGAAUGCAGUGCGACCUCGCAUCUUUUUCCACGGUUUUUCUUUUUCUUUUCUUUUUUUUUUUUGAAGGAGUGCCAAGGAGUUAAUGUGUAGCUUUAGUAACUUCUGUGACGUGUUUUUUUUUCUUUUCUCCCCCGUUUUUUUGGUUCUAUUGCAACGUCUUCUUGAGUGACACGCCCCGUGGCUGCUGGUAUAUUGUUCUGUGCUUUUCCUUUUGACAUUCAAGCCAGAAACUAGAGACACUCAGAGGGGAUUCGCGGCACUUUUGUGAUUUACACAUGUCAAACGACAAAAAGACACAGGCUUCGGUCUCGUGUGCAGACAGUCUUCUGCAUGUGACUGUACAUAUUUAGUGUAUCAUAAGUGAAAACAAACUAUUUCUUCUACUGUAAAUGUGUAAUUCUUCACUUUUUUCUUUGAUUCUUUUCUUUUUUGGUUAGUGCUCUCAGGACUCUUAACACAUAAAUGAAGGAUUGAUGGUUGUGAGGAGUUCCUUGGACGUUGCCGUUGAGGAUUUGAGGCCUUCCAGUUCUCUUUUUUUCGCGGUCGUCCAGUCAGGUGGAGCUCUUUCACUUUCAGAUUGCAAGGUUUCGAAUUUGAACAAAAAAGUCACCAUAUCCCCACAUUUUAGGCCUUGUUUGUUCAAGGCCCCCUUUUCUUCAUCUUUUUAAAAACUGUCUUGCUAACAUCAUGUUGCAUAACGAGCUAGAUGAGGUGCGGAGUCACGGGAACAGAAAGGGAAGAUCGCCUAGUCUGGUCCACCUUUUAUUGUCUUUACUGUCUUUGAUGAAAAAGAAUGAAUAACCACUAAAUGAAGCGUACAAUGAUUCUACCUGUUCAGCUACGAAGACGAGGGAGGGUGAAGACUGCUGUGGCUUAGUUUAGAGAUGAGAGUGUCUCAUGUGUCAGAGGUAGAUUACAUGAGUGUGGAAAUAAAUUGAAAAAUGACUCCGGUGUGGAUGUACAAAGAAAAAAAUAACUAAGAUUAAAACAUUCUAUUAUUCUUCAAGAUAGCGAAUCUAAGAACUUUUCAAUGUGGGCAUGCAGACACAUUUAUUAAAUGUGACUAUUAAUUGACCAAGGUCUGUAAUGUUUGUAUGUCACUCAACACUAUUUACUUUGAAAAAAUUAAUGUGAGUCUUAAAACAAGUUGAAGGAGCGGUGUAAUGCAGCAGUAUUGUCACACUACUCACUGACACAGUCCUCUUGUGUGUUCACUAGUUUCACAGGAGAAAAGCAGCUGUCUUGUUCUGUUUUUAAAAAAUAUAUUAUUUUUUUAACUCACAUGCAGUUUUCUCCUGGUCAGAUCUCAUCAUGGACUGAAUCCCCAUAACAGCCCAUGAGCGCAGGCCCCAGUGUGAGUUUACAUCAGCGUGCCAUUACACUUCGUGAAGCUGAUCUUUGCGCAUAGGAAGCGCCUGUAACGAUGAAAUGAAGGAGACGUGAUUGUUAUUAUUUUUUUCGUUAGAUUGUUUCACCUGAGGUGUUUUCUUCCUCCUCCUCCUCAGUGCAGCAAAGCCUGAGGCGGAUGCUGGAGAGUGAAGACACCAAUUGAGAAGACAUGAUAAAUCUGGUCAUGAUAUAUUAUUGCGCAAAUCCUGUGAUUUAUGAAUGAUGCAAAUUUUUUACACCAAAAUAAUUUGGCUUGUGGAUUUACACUAAAAAGUAAAGCACGGGAUUUUACAUGAUGUAUUCAGCAAAGGAUUCUUUUUUUUUUCUGCUCUGACGUUAUUUUAUCCUGGCAUUAUUAUGCUUAUUAUUUUUUAAAUGCAUGCAAUACGAAUCUCAAAUAAUAUCGUACAACACUGUCCUCAUGGUCUUAAUAAUCACACGUGUGCUCUGAAGGGGACAUUAUAAAAUAACGUGUCUUGCCGGUUAAUUUAUUUCACAUGGCAGAUGAACCGGGCGGGUGUCGGCUGUCGCUACAUCUUCUCACGUCUGUACAAAACGGAGCUGUUUUUAAAUUUCAUCGUCUGGGCUGCGUCACGCUCGCGAGACGAUUCACAUGUAAAAUUGUACAGUUCUUCGGAAAUUUGGAUUUCAUUUGAAAAAUGAAAAAAUUACAUUUUGAUACAUCAGUUUCAUUUUUUGUAUCUAAUUCCCCAGUAAAUUGUUCAAAGAUGUUCAUGUGUGACAAACUUUCCUCUCCUCUAAGUUAUUUAUGUUCUUUAUAUGUGCUAGUCCAACUGGAGUUUGAUUACGAUACUUUUCCUCCGCCAUCAUCAAUGGUAAAAACAAUUCAGUGUGAUGGACUCAAUGUUACAUUCUCAUUUUUGUCUCUGUUCUCCUGUGGCAUGGUUUGGGUAGAAGAGCAGAAGAAUAAUGCCUGUAAAUUUCCUUUUCUCUUUGAUUUCGUAGUCUUGGUAAAGUUUUUAGAUAAACGUGCACUGAAAAUGUCCAAAUUGAGUUGAAAUGUGGUAGGUGAUGUAGGCCGAAAGAACACAAGAUUAAAAAGUAAUACUACUGUCUGAUUUUAAUGUUCACUGUGUUUUAUACAGUAUCGGAAAUUUUUGUUCACUUUGAACAUUUUUACUAAAAAAAAAAAAAAGUUUCAAAUUGUAUUGUGCAAAGAGAUGUAAUUUUUUGGAGUACUUGAAAUGCAUUAAUUAAAAGACUCAUUCAAAAUAAAAUAGACCCCUGGUUACUGUCUGUAAAGUGUAAAGUGCAGUCUUUGGUUUUACUGUUUGGUGCCGUGUUUUCUCAUGUUAUGAGAUCUCGUGCAGAGAAGGAAAUCAGAUUCCACUUCCGUGAAUUAACACGUGAACAGUCCAUGGCUGGACAUUUAACGGAUAUGUUACAAACUGGUGGAGUUUGUAAGAUGUGGGCAUUUGGGAAACAGGAAGUCUUGGAUUACACUGGUUGUUUUUUUUCCAGCACUAAUUGUUAAUAAAAGUUUGAAUAUC